GGAUGAGGCAACGGAUUUAUUUACUGUGAAUGAAUACCUUGGAUUCUAAUACUUGGGUUCUCGAAUCUUGACCAGAAUUUGUUUGAUUGCCGCCGCAGUCCGCUAAGGAUCUGGUCUCCACGUUGCUCAAUUCUAAUAUAAAAAUAUCUUUUCUUUAUAGACCGCCAGUCAGCAAACAGCAAGCAGCAAACCUGAAUUCACCAAGGCACCAAACCUGUUACUACGAUUGAUCACAUCCUAUACAAGAUGUCUCCAGAUCCGGACAAUGUCCCUACCAGUUAUGCAGGCCCCGUCCACAUCGCCGUGAUCGGCGGCACCGGCCUCGACCACCUCCCGCACUUCCACAAGGCGGCCGUUUUGACGGUCGACACGCCCUGGGGACCGCCGUCCAGCCCGAUCACCAUCCUCGAACACCCGUCGCCCACGACGGGCAAACAGAUCCCCAUCGCGUUCAUUGCCCGCCACGGCCCGCACCACGAACUCAACCCUUCUGAAAUCCCCGCGCGCGCCAACAUCGCCGCCCUGCGCAAACUCGGCGUGCGAUGUAUCAUCGCGUUCAGCGCCGCCGGCAGUCUCGCCGAAGAAGUCAAGCCGCGCGACUUCGUGGUGCCGGAUCAGGUCAUCGACCGAACAAAGGGGAUCAGGCCGCAUACGUUCUUUGAGGACGGGUUCGUGGUGCAUGUGCCCUUUGCGGAUCCGUUCGAUAAGCGCGUCGGCGAUGUGGUGAGGAAGUGCGGGCAUAGUCUUGAGGGCGAUGGGGUGGUGUUGCAUGAUAAAGGUGUCGUUAUUGUCAUGGAGGGACCCCAAUUCAGCACCCGCGCAGAGUCCAACAUGUACCGCAGCUGGGGCGGCACGGUGAUCAACAUGUCGACAUUACCCGAAGCCAAACUUGCCGCUGAAGCCGAGAUCGCGUAUCAGGUCAUUCUCAUGAGCACGGAUUACGAUUGCUGGCAUGAUUCGGGCGACGUCUCCGUUGAGAUGGUGAUGGGACACAUGCGCGCCAACGCGCUGAACGCACGACGCUUUAUCGCCGCCGUGCUGGAUGAAUUGUCCAAGGAAGAGCACGACGAUCUGGUCCAGGCAACGCACCUCCAGGGCGCGAGGGAGUUUGGCAUAAGCACCGCGCCGGCGGGGCGCAGUCAGCAGGUCAACGAGAAGAUGAAGUGGUUGUUUGAGGGCUACUUUGAGUAAGAUAAAAAAGGGGAGCUGAAACAAAGGAGGCCCCGCGGAAGGAGGGCUGGAACAACAGUAGCGAGGGUGCUUCAGCUUGGAUGUUUAGCGGCCGCACUCAGAGCCGGAAACGAGAGCUUGGGCUUGGUCAUUACGAGAUAUAGAUAGAUAGACGUGCUGCAUCUUGGGUUAGAGGGUGUAUGUAGAACUGGGGACACAGAUGUUUUGAUGUGGUUGACUUCAACGUCAAUGCCACGAUCAAUCGACAGCCAUAGUGCUUUCAUCAUGGGCUUGCUUUUGCAAUAAUGGGGCCGAGAAUGGGGUUUCGCAACAUUGUGAUGUAUGUGCUCUGGGCAGCGUAUAUUGUUUAGAAAACGCCAAUGUUGUGUUGUAUGC